CGGACAGCAGCAGACAUCAUUCCAGUGAUCCUCGCCCACCAACACACUCAACAUGAAAUACGUGGUCGCUCUCGCCCUGGUGGCCGUGGCCGCCGCCCGGCCCCAGGAGGUCGUCGAGAAGACUCUCGCCGACUUCGGCAUCCUGCGUAUGACCUCGUCGCAGUCGGAUGACGGCCGGACCUUCCAGUACGCCUACGAGACGGCCGACCCGGCCGCGCAGGACGUCAGCGGCGAGCUGAAGCAGAUCGGCGAGGAGGCCGGCACCGUGCAGCGCGGUUCCUACAGCUUCACUGCCCCCGACGAGAACGGCAACCCCGUCGACAUCACCAUCAACUGGGUGGCCGACGAGAAGGGCUUCCAGCCUCAGGGUGAUGCCAUCCCGGUGGCGCCCGUCGACCCCAACGCCGAGGCACAGGCGGCCGCGUACGCCUCCGCGCCCCAGCAGUUCGAAUAGACCGAGAGAGGCCGCUGAACAACCACCCUUCGCCGAUCAUCGACCCAUGUGCCCCGUGAGGGGCGACUCGCCAAUUUGUUAAUACACAAUUCAUUGCAGUUUUAA